UAAACCGUGCGCCUAGACAUCGGCAGCAAGAGGGUAUCCGUAGUACCACAAUUCAUAGCGUGCCAGAAUCUACAGUGUCUAUCGACCAACAUGGAUGCAAUGUGGGAUCUUUAAAUUUUUCGUAAGCUCUUCACCAGCACCUCCGCGACUCUCCACACACACACACGACAACUGUGCCAUGCCUCCCUCUCAACUGAAAAGACUCAAGACUUCUCUGCAUGAGAAGGGAAUACUCGGUCCUCAAAAAUCGAAAAAGCAGAAGAAAAACCAAAGCAAGAACGGUGAGAACGAGUUUGGGCGGGCAAAGCGCAAUGCCGCCCUCGCGGAGAUACGUGAGGUUUUCAAUCCCUUCGACGUCAAGGCACUUGCAAGGCCUAAGAAGUUUGAAGCCACGACGCUGAAUCGCUCGAAGACAAAAGGCAAUGACGGCAUCAUUGGAAGACCGGGUGUCACGAAAGGCUUUGGCGAAGAGACUAGGCGAGCUACCCUUCUGCCAGAGCUUAAUCGCCGGAAUAAAGUUGGCGGCAUAAAUGAUCGUCGCUUUGGCGAAAACGACCCUACAAUGACACCAGAAGAGCGUGCUAUGAAACGGUUCAUACGUGAGAAACAGAGAGGAAGAGGUGCUUCUAUGUUUGACCUAGAGGAAGCGGAAGAUGGUGAAGAAUGUGGUCUCACUCACGGUGGCAAGGCACUGAACUUAGGUAAUGAUAUCAGCGAUCAAGAUGACUUCGAUGCUCGAAGUCUCGAUGGACCUAGCAGCUCAGAAGAAGAUGGCACAAAGCCUCGCAAGAGGCGUCUAUCCAUUAUCGAAGAUGGAGAAUACGGAACGCAAGGCAUGGGAGAGCAGCCAGAGCGGAAGAAAUCAAAGGCUGAGGUCAUGAAAGAGGUCAUUGCAAAGUCUAAGCUACAUAAAUACGAGCGUCAACAGGCCAAGGAUGAAGACGAAGAGGAGCGCGAGAAACUUGAUGAAGAUUUACCAGUUCUGCUGUCGAUUCUUAGAGGCCGGCAACCUCCAGCUAAGUCCACACAGUAUCCCACCCAAGAGGGUGCUUCCAUAGAUCCUGGUAGAAAGGCACUCCUCGCUCAAGUGCAAAUGGAUGCCGAGAAGGACUUCGACAGGCGUGUGAGAGAUCUAGCUAGGGAUAAGAAAGCACAGCCCACCGAGCGAACGAAGACUGAAGAGGAGAAGGCUAUUGCGGAGGCGUUGCGUCUCAAGGAUAUGGAACAGAGACGGUUGCGUAGGAUGAGAGGCGAGAUCGAAUCCGACGACGAAGACGAUAGAUAUAAAAAGGCCAAGGAUAGGGGUGAUACAGACGUUCGGGAAGAGGAGGGCCUCUUGGAUGAUGCGGAAGCGUUUGGUAUCACCCGGAGAGAGCAGUUACAGCAAAGUCAUGGCGUUGAAGAUGAGGACGAUUUCUUAUUAGACGAUGACCUAAUAGCCACUGGGUCCGACCUCGAAUCGGAUCAAGUCUGGAGCGACGACAGCGACGUCUCCGAAUCAGAGCAUUCGAGCCAGGAAGACGAGGACAAUGAUGACGAAUUUAUCCGAGGACUUCUCCCCAAACAGAGUACAGACGCAGAUAGUACAGAUCUGAAGCCAGGUCUAAAUUCUGUAAACUCAUCGAGUUCAAAAUUAGCAUAUACUUAUGCAUGCCCGACCUCGCAUGCAGAGCUUUUGGAGAUUUUCAAUGAUGUCGCCAUAAAAGAUGCACCAACGGUAGUGCAGAGGAUUCGUUCUCUUUACCAUCCCCAGCUGAGCGACCAGAAUACCGCCAAACUUUCAGCGUUCUCCAUGGCUUUGGUCGACCACUUGUUUUACUUGGGCAAUCAGAAGCCACCUGCGCCGCUCGCAGUCAUUGACGCGCUGAUAAGGCACUUGCAUUCACUUUCAAGGCAAUUCGCUGAAGACAUUGGGCAGCAAUUCCGAAGGAAGCUCAGUGACAUGCAACGAGACGAGUUCCCUACCCCGGGAGAUUUGAUUCUUCUGACUGCUAUUGGGACCAUAUACCCAACAUCAGAUCACUUCCACCAAAUCGUCACCCCAGCCAUUACUAUAAUCGCAAAAUGGUUGAAUUAUAACACCCCUAGAACCGUGGAAGACCUCAACUCGGGGGCUUAUAUGUGUACUCUGGUUCUGCAGUAUCAAAGGCUUUCGAAAAGAUACGUACCUGAACUUCUCAAUUUUUGCAUCAAGGCUUUGGAAAGUGAUAUGGUCGCUCGUGAGCAUAUCAAUUGCUACACUAAUAUCCUAAUCGAGGCAGCCGAUUUAUGGUCAUCGAAAUUGGCUUUGACCGACAUCUUCUCUCCUACGGUCACUGCACUUCUCCAACGCCACAAGCAACAAUCCGCUCUCCAACGCCUUCAACUAUAUCUCAAUUACGCUCGCGUUGCUCGGCGGCCGUUGGAACUACACCACCACCGGCCUAUCCCAAUCAAGUCCCAAAUCCCUAGCUUCGAGGAAUCGUUCAAUCCGAAUAAGCACUACGAUCCUAACCGUGAGCGUGCUGAAGCCAGCAAGCUCAAGGCAGAGUAUAAGAAGGAGCGCAAGGGUGCACUACGCGAGCUUCGUAAAGACGCAAACUUCAUUGCUAGGACCAAGCUGCGGGAGAAGAAGGAGGCUGAUGUUGCGUAUGAGGCCAAGUACAAGAAGCUUAUCGCUAGUAUUCAAACCGAGGAAGGCGCAGAGGCGAAUCAGUAUGACAGGAUCAAACGAGCAAGGAAAAGUAAUCGGUAAACUAGUGUGUUUCUCAUACGACUACCAAGAGGUUGACUGGCUUUUGAGACGUCCCUAUCUGUAAAUAAUUCAAGCCUAUGGAUGUUAUUGAAAUGACUCAGGCCAGUGUAGGAAGUAGCGUUUGAGUUAGAUUGCCUAUAACAGAGAGCCAAGAUAAUCGCGAUGGAGAUCCUAGUAAUCGCAUGUCGCUACCUUA